AUAGGUGAGAAGGGGAAAGGCGAAAAAAAAGAAAAUCGCAACCCCUCGAGCCUGAGCAAUUUUUCUGCACCCCCCAAAAAUACGCGACUCCUCUCAAGGUUGUCUGGUUGUUGACUGACUGACUGACGACUGUGUGUGAUUUGUGGCGUAAAUUCGUACGCGCGCGUUCAGCAGAUCCCGGAGAAUCUGUCCCCGUCGACGGUUCUUCGAUUGUGGCUGGCUGGCGGGGUGACGAAGGACGAGCCAAACGUCGCAGCGCUGAAAACAGCCUUCGUCAUUGUUCGCCAUCAAAGGAGUGUUGCAGCAGCAGUAGCAACAACAACUACAAGGUAGAAGGUGCAUGUAGCGGGGAACCUUGGACCUGCCAGGAAUCCAAACUCCUCAACUCAAACUCACAACACAACAGAGAUAGACAUCUGAGACGCGGUGGAUAAGCUCGGGCUGCUUUGUACGCGAUACUUUGGACGGUUCAGCAGUUGGAUCAAGCGAUUGGUAAUGGAAUUGCACCAGCAGCAGCGGAAGCAAAACUCCACCUCAUCCGCGUCGUCGUCUUCCGGUGCGUCCCCCGGGAAUGCCGUCGUACUGGCCGGAGGUAGCAAGACCACCCAGCAGCAGCAGGACUACGACAGCUCGCACAGCAGCAGCAACACCGAGGACUACACCGAUACUGACGAACGGCGCCGUCGGAUCAUGAAGAACCGUGCCAGGAACAACCGUCUGAUGCAACAGCAGCAGCAGCAGGUCCAUCAGCAGAACUCGGUUGCCCUGGUCGCGCGGCCGUCCGGCCUGAAGAAGCAUCUGGACGGCGCCGACCCGGAUCGCAUCACGCUGGUUGUGGACAACACGACGUUCUCGAUCAAUCCGGCCCUGUUUACGGCCCACCCGAACACGAUGCUUGGGCGGAUGUUCAGCUCGGGGUUGGAUUUUACGCACCCGAACGAGCGCGGUGAGUAUGAGGUGGCCGACGGGAUCUCGCACACGGUGUUCCGGGCGAUUCUGGAGUACUAUCGGAACGGGAUCAUCCGGUGUCCGCCGACGGUUUCGGUGCAGGAGAUUCGCGAGGCGUGCGACUAUUUGCUGAUUCCUUUUACGGCGGAAACAAUUCGGUGCCAGAAUCUGCGCGGGCUGUUGCACGAGCUGAGCAACGAGGGCGCCCGCGAGCAGUUUGAGGUGUUUUUGGAGUCGUUGAUACUGCCGCUGAUGGUUGCGUCGGCGCAGCGUGGGGAUCGCGAGUGUCACGUGGUGGUUCUGUCCGAUGAUGACGUCGUGGACUGGGACGAAGAGUAUCCUCCUCAGAUGGGUGAAGAGUACUGCCAGACGGUGUCUAGUACGGCCAUGUACCGCUUUUUCAAGUAUAUCGAAAACCGCGAGGUGGCCAAGCAGGUGCUGAAGGAUCGAGGUCUGAAGAAGAUCCGGCUCGGUAUCGAGGGCUAUCCCACGUACAAGGAGAAGAUCAAGAAGCGGGCCAGCGGCCGGGUGGAGGUCAUCUACAACUACUUGCAGCGACCGUUUAUCCACAUGUCCUGGGAGAAGGAGGAGGCCAAGAGUCGCCACGUGGACUUCCAGUGCGUCAAGUCAAAGUCGGUAACGAACCUGGCCGAGGCCACGGCCGAUCCGGCACUGGAACUAGACUCGGCGGGCAACCCGAUGCCCCAGCGGCACUUUGACAUCUCGAACGAUCCGGACGUUGACGCGAUUCGUCCGAUUGUGGCCGCGGCCAUCGCCAUUGACGGUGGUGGUGGUGCUGUCGCCGCUAAUGCUGCCGCGGUUGCCGCUGCUGGAGUUGCAGCUGCAGCCGCUGCCGUCGCCGCCGCCGCCGAAGAAGGUGCCGUUGGAGGUGUGGCCAAUGCCGAAGAAGCGCACAACGUGGACGAGCAGCAGUAGGAGAGCGUAGCCGAAAUUAUCUAAAUCUAAAUCACCGUUGUCUAAAUAUGCGCUGCGCUGCGAUGCGUGCUAGAUAAAGCAACUUUUAUCUCAAAGAUUUUUUUUCCGCUGGCAUUGCUGAUUGUCUUUGCUUUGUUAUUCUUUUACAUUUUCCUUGAAGCCACUCUGUCAAACUCGUUCAAAUCGUGUGUGCUUAAGCGCUUUUUAUAAGUUUGUUUUAUUUUAUUUUUUAAACAGACUGGAAAUGAUUAGAAAUCUGACCGUAUUGCGUACUCUGUAAUAAUAUUCCUCUGAUUUGUCCUCCAUUUACCUACGUUUUAUUAUUAUUAUUAAUAUUGAUGAUACCAUAUUAAGUGCUUAACUGUAUUGCAACUCUUGAACUGAGAAAUAAAACAUUUGUGUUAAUAGAUGCAUAUAA